UUCCCGGCUGGGCAACCGGUCGAGCCUCCAGCUGUUUUCAGUGAUGGAGUACCCAGUGAUGGAAGUUGGCUCUGUUACCUCAGGAAUUAAGAGACGAGUGAAAGACAGAAUUGGAAAGACAAAGUUGAAUGUUUCUCUUGCUUCAAAAAUCAAAACAAAAAUAUUAAACAAUUCUUCUAUUUUCAAGAUCUCCCUAAAGCAUAACAACAGAGCAUUAGCUCAGGCUCUAAGUCGAGAGAAAGAGAAUUCUCGAAGAAUUACUACCGAAAAGAUGCUAUUGCAAAAAGAAGUAGAAAAACUGAAUUUUGAGAAUACCUUUCUUCGCCUAAAGCUAAAUAACUUGAAUAAGAAGCUUAUAGAAAUAGAAUCACUUGUGAACAAUAAUUUGAUAACUGCAAUUGAAAUGAGCACUCUUUCUGAGUUCCAUCACAGUUCUUUUCUCCUGUCAGCUAGCAAGAGGAUCAGUAAACAAGGCAAGUCUGUGCAUCUUCCAUUUGCAAGGGUUCCCUUAUCUUCAGAAAAUGAUGAUGAUGAUGAUGGUGAUGAUGAUGGCGAUAAAUGGAAAAUAAAAUGUAACAACAGAAUUACCUCAAAGACAUCAGCUGAUAUCACCUCUUCGGGAUCAAGGCAAUCCUCGACCUUACACCAGUGCAAUUGGGAAGUAUUACUUCAUAAGGAAGAGAACCAGAAUACAUGUGGCUCAGAUUAUUCAGAACCUACUUCUGGUGUUGAUGUACUCCCUAAAGAAAGCUGUGAUGACUCAGAUCAAAGUCCUAAGACUUCUCUGAGUGAGAUGAAAACUGCCCCAUCCCCCUUCAGAGGGGAAAAACCAUCACUUAAUAAUGUGACUGACAGAAGGAAGCGUGGAUCUUCUGCAAAUAAUCUGUGUGUGACAGACUUAGAUUACCAACAGAUUUCAAGUCCAGGAUUUAAUUGGAAUAAUAAGAUAAGUGAUUGUACUAGUGAAACCAGAAGUAAUCUGCAAAAAAAUAUACAGUGUUUUCUUGACUUGCCUUGUGAGUCUGCCAGCAACCCUAAUGGAAAGCACAUAGAGACAUUGCAAAAGACUGAUGACUUUCAGUUGCAAAAGACUGUGUACGAAAACAUUGACAUGGAUUUAACUGCUGGCGAAAUAAGCAAAAUCAUUACUAUUUCAAAAAGCAAUAAAAAUCAAAGUAAGAAAAAGACCGAUCGUGGAAAGGAAACUUUCAGAAAAGUAAAAGAUCCGAGCUCUAUAAAAAAGAGAGAAAGAUCAAAGAGGAACUGUAAAGGUAGUUCAGAAGUGGGUGCUGAGGAGAAAAUGGAAAGCAGACCAGAAAGAGACUCUGUGGUCCUAGAUGGCAAAGGGGACUCAGAAGAUCCUAAUUGUAUUUCCAGUACUGAACAGCCUCCUCAGCCAACCGUGCUGAAUAAAAUCUCCCUCCAGAGCAGCUGGGAUCAAGAGAACCUUCAAAGUACAAAGAGGAAGCGAACACAUAGGACAGGAGAGCAAGAAGAAACACACCCUUUCUCUCAGAGUGCAGUCAAACCCCUUCAAGAUAGCAAAUUUGAUCAGUGUCAGAACAUCCUACAUUGUAAUAUAAAUAAGCCUUCUCGACAGACAUUUGUAAUUCAUAAGUCAGAAAAGGAUAACUUAUUUCCAAACCAAAAGGAUGAAGAGACCAGUUAUGAAAACCUUGAAGUUGCAAAUGAAUUUCAUAUAGCUAAUGUUUCCACCAAAGAUAAUGAAAAUGUAUGUGACUAUGAGACCCAGAGUAUGUUGGACUUGACAAAGUAUGUCAGUGCUCAGCAAAAUCAAUCAAAAAGAAAUAAGCCUAAGCAGAAAAUAAAUCGGAGGACAAAAAUAAUUUCUAGUAUGAACCAAUUAUAUGAGGAUAAUGAUAAAGAUAUUUGUGUUCUAGAAAAGGAUAACUUUCCCCUCCAAACCCAAGCAAAUAAAGAGACCACUUAUGGAAACACAGAAACUACAAAAGAGUUUGAAACACCUACACUUUUCACAAGAAACAACGAAAACUUAGAUGACUGUAAGACCCAGAAUAUUCUGGAUUUGCACAAGCAGAUCACUAGUAUCCACCCUGCUCAAAAUGAGUCCCAAAUUAGCAAGAUCCCUAGGAAGAAGGUAAAUCGCAAGACAGAGAUAAUCUCUGUAGUGAAUCAUUGUAGUAAUGACAGGGGUGUUUAUUGUUCAGAAAAGGAUGAGUCUUUCUUACUUGAAAAGGAUAAGGACAUCCCCGGAACCUUGAAAGACUUAAGUAAGUUACAAAUGCCUGCCAUUUGUAACAAAGAUAGUGAAAAGCUAUGUGAUUAUAAGAUUCAGACGCUCCUGGGGUUGAGGAAGGAUGACAAUAUGCAACCUGCUUGUCACAAUGAUUUAAAAGUAGAUAAGAAGCCUAGACAAAAGGUACAUCGAAAGACAGAAAUAAUUUCUAAAGCCAACCAAAUACAUGAAAAUGAUGGAGAAAGUGUAAAUGACCCAUUAAAUAAGAAGCUCUGUCAGAAUGUUAAUAAAUCAGAAAUUGUUUCUCAAAUUAACCAAAUACAUGAGAAUAUUAAUGAAGAUAUGAAUGGCUUUAAAAGCUGUAUCAAAAAUCAAGAUGUUAUGAGUUACUAUGGAGAAAUCAAUAGUAAUAGAGAGGAAAAGUGUGAUCCAAUUCCAGAUGCUUGUGUACUAGUUAAGAAACACAGGACAAAACUACCCAGUGGAGCCAAAAACAUUUUGACUGGUGAUAAGAACAGACAUAUUUUGCAGUUAACAGAUUCUUCACAGAAGUCUGUCACCUUAGAAUCUGGAAUACACCAUGACACUAAGGAAACAGAUUCUGGUCCUGGAGAACCGACUUACCUUUCAAAGAGCCAGAAACCAAGCACUGUGAGCACACUGGAAGAUGCCUUCUCCAUGGGUGUGGUAACAGGAAAAAGCUGCCCAGCCAAAAAAGUUAAAAAAUUGACAUCCAAAUCAAAGAAAAGAAAGACCUCCCUAGAUCUUUUUUCAGAUACCCCUGGGGUGGUGGAGAUAACGUCCAACACUGACCACACACAACAGAUUGAUAAGGAAAACUAUUUGGAGAAUGAUAAAAUUGCCAAGAGUAAAUCAGACUUUUGCACAAAGGUAUUAAACCCUUUAUCUCAGAUAUAUUCCUCUAACAUAAAGAAUUCUUCCUUGGACGAUAUGUGUGAGAGUUCAGUACCUUUGAGUAUUUCUUCCAGUAAAAAUCUGAUGAUGGAAGAAAGUUCUUCCCUGAAGAGUACGUGCAUCUUUCAAGUAGGUGAUGAUGCUCGAGAAAAGAUAAAGGAGAGGACUCGUAAAAGCAGCCGCAGAGCACAAACAUCGCAGAUAGAUAGAGGAACAUUCCAGGAUUUGGUGGAUAGCAGUUCUGUUUCCAGUAACACUGCUAACCUUGAGAAUGUAUCUGAAGGGCAGUCUGCACAGUUGACAAGAAGGAAAAGACAGUGUGUCCCUCUCAACCUUCGGGAGCCGAACCUCGUAAGGCAAGUGUGUCAGGGCGUAUUACUAUGCUUUGAGAAACUCUUUGCCUGGAUUAGUAUUUGAA